GCAUUAAGUGCGCCGUGGAAACAAGGCUAAUGUGUGAUCAAAACAAACCCAACCAAUUCGAUGGCGAGAUAAACAACACAUUUACGUUUGUUUUAGUUAUUUGCUUAACGCGGUUUAUCAUUUUGAUACUUUUAGGUGAAUAAGUUGAGGAAUCAAAACAAUAAAUUGCAGGGCAGAGUAAGGUUUUAUGCAAGAGCGAGCGAUAAUAAUUACCAAAAAACUUUUCCAGCGUAACUGCGCGAAGUCCUUGCAAGGACUAACAGGAACACUAUUUUGAGCCCCUGAUUGUAAGCUGGUGCAUAAGAUGAAUGAUACUAACAGUGAUCCGGUUGGUGGACUUGUCCCGCCACCCCUUGUGCCUUUGCCUAAUUGUCACGCACGAGCGAAACAGGUACAGGCACGCCUGUUCAACGAGAUCCCCAUUCCCACGAGCUACAUAGCCAACUGCCGGCUUUGCUUGGGUACCCAAUUUGGAAACAGAUGUACAACCAUUAUUGACGAGCCGUUAAUCUCCAUGAUGAAGCAGGUGUUUCCCAUCGUGAUAGCGAACCAGAUAGGGCUACCGAUGAAUGUGUGCACCGAAUGCGUAAAGACGGUGGAGACAUUUUACAUGUUCAGCAGUCAGGUGUUGUCCAAUCAGAACAAGCUGUUGGCAACCUAGCCGGAUGUAAUACGUCCGGUUCAAAAUAAUGAUGGUGUGGAAUGUAGAGAAAAUCCGGUCUCGACACAAGAACCACAAGAGAACGAUCUCCGUGAGGAAUCGGAGGCUCCGAUUGAUACGGAUUUGUUGAUAAAAAUAGAAAAAGACGAUGAACAAGAAGGUUCCGACCCUUUGGCAACUACUGAAGAUAUUGUAUUCGAUGUCAUCGACGAAAUUCCCGAUUUCAAGCUGGAAGAAGAGGCAAUUGAUCUAUUCGAGCUAAACUCUGAUGCUGGGAUGGACCCACUACUGAAGGAAACAACAAACCCACUCGAGAUAAGUCCUGAUGCUGGGAUCAACUUACAAUUGGAGGUUAAGGAAGAAAUGUUAAUAGACCUGCCGUCUGAUAACGUCGAAGAAAGCGAAACACUGGCGCAAGAUUCUCGUUCCAAGGCGAAACCGAGGAAAAAACGUAAACCGAAUGUAUCUCUAGGAUCCAGAGUGUUCAAUCGUCCACUUAACUUCUGUCCAGUGCAUAGUAUCUGGUUUGAACUCAAGCAAAUAAGCAACGAGCCUGAGCUAAUAGAAAUGAACCGACGAUUAAAAGAUCAUGUAUUUAUGGAGCAGCUGAUAAACUGCUUGCAACAUACAACGGAAGAGUCAAUUUCGGUUCACUUGAUGAAUAAAUCGAUGGGCAUUCUGUUUGACGUGGAUUUCCUUGCAUCCUGUGACUGGCGCGAUCGGGAGGGAAAAAUAGCUCUGCAACACCAUUCCAAAAUUCACGAGCUGUUCAAUAGGUUGGGUGUACCGGAAGGACAAAAAAUGGCAGCGUAUAAAAUUCAGAGCUUCUUUACCCUGAAAAUACGACUCGCAAGACGACGAGCUCAAGAAUCAUUAGAAGGCGAAUUCCAGAGCGAUGAAUUGCCAUCAGAGGACCAAGCGCAGGCGAUCCUACGCAAUCUGGUAUCUAAAAAUGGCGAAGAAACCGCCAGACAAGCUGAAGAUUCUGCUUGCACACACCGAUCAGAGAAACGACGUAGAAUGUAUCCAUCGGUCCGAGAAGUUCUUAUUCAUCCAAAGCGCCAUUGUUGUUCGCUCAAACUCAAGCAAAUUAGAAGCCUUCCAGAGCUCAUCGAGUUUAAUCGUCGACUAGAAGAUGAAGAGUUCAUGAAGCAAGUCAUAAAGUAUUUGCAGUACGAGGCGAAAGAACCAAGGCCGGAUCUCCUUAUGAAUAAAUCGUUGGACAUGUUGAUGGACAGGCAUUUCUUUAUAACCUGCAGCUGGCGUGCAGAAGAUGGCAUGAAAUCAUUGCAAUAUCAUUCAAAGUUUCUUGAGCUGUUUAGUAGAUUGGGUGCGUCACAGGGAACGAAAUUGCCUCUAUUCAAAAUUCGUGGUUAUUUUCAACUUAGACUCAUCUAUAGAAAACGACGAGCCAAGGCGUUCGAUUCAUCGCGUGGAAUUGUGGAUGAAGUAAAGGAGAUGGAUGAGAGUGAUGCAGAACUUCAUGAAGAGGACAUGCAAUAUAAAAUCGAAGGUGGACCUCCGAGCGGAACUAUAGAAGAAAGUGUAGAACAAGCUCAGGAUACAUGUUUCCGAGAAAAGCCGAAGAAACGUGGUAAAACUAGUAAAGCGCCGAUGCGAUCAGUUCGCUUUGAUUCUGGUGCUAGUUGCUGUACACUCGAGCUCAAGCAAAUUACCAGUGCUCCAGAGAUAGAAGCAUUUAAUGAACGGCUGGAAGAGGAUGAGUUCAGGGAGCAAGUCAUAAGUUAUAUACAGUUUGAAACGGGCGAAAUAAGGCCAGAUCUCUUGAUGAACAAAUCGCUUGACAUUCUGUUUGAUAAACAUUUCUUAACGGGCGUGGGUUGGACUGGACAAAGAGGAAAAAUAGCUUUCCGACAUAAUUCAAACAUUCUCGAACUGUUUAAAAGGCUGGGUGCAUCAAAUGGUGUGAACGCAUCAUCAGAACAAGUAAGACGCUUUUUUGAGCGAAAAUUUUUUAAAGCGAAACAACGAGUAAAUUGCCCGACUUUCAUCCGAUGUUUAGGGUCUAAGGGUGUAGAAUAGAAACUAGAGUUGGGCAAAACGCACAAAAAAGCGGAACUGGGUCCGGACGAUUCCAACAAAUUUCGGACCCAGUUCCGAAGGGUAGGUUCAAUCCGACAAGCCGGAACCGCCCGGAAUCGUCUGGAAUCGUCUGGAAUCGUCGGAAUCGUCGGAAUCGUGCGGAGUCGUUGGAACCGUCCGGAAUCGUCCGGAAUCGUC